AAGUGUACUGGAGCUUAGAGAAAAGUCUUUGUGGUUAAAAAAUUGCAUUUCCAUAAAAUUAAAUUUUUCUAAAUAAAUAUUUUAAAAAUAUCUUAAUCACCAUACUUGCGAAAAAUGUACAAGGCAAAGCCGAAAAAUUUGCUGGAGCUAACAAAAACCGAUGCGAAAAAGUGGCUCAACAGUUUCGAUACAAUACUCACAGAUUGCGAUGGUGUGCUUUGGCACGAGGGUGUCGCCAUAGAUGGUGUACCCGAAGCUAUUGGAUUGUUAAAAUCAUACGGAAAAGAGGUCUACUUUGUCACCAACAAUGGUAUUAAAACCCGACACGAUAUCUGGAAGGUGGCGACUGCGAUCGGUUAUGACAUACCGGAAACUCGCAUUAUUGCGCCGAUCCACAACAUUGUUCAGUAUCUGCAAGCGCGUGAUUUCCGCAAAAAAGUCUAUAUCAUUGGUGCUGAAGCAAUACGUUGUGAACUGACUGAAGCGGGUAUAGAAAGUUUCGGACCCGGCCCAGAUAUUUUGCAGGGUAAAUUAAACGAUUAUAUUGCACAGCAAGUGGUCAGUCAACAGCGCGAUGAAGUUGGCGCCGUCAUUGUGGGUUUCGAUGAGCAUUUCACUUUUGCUAAAAUGUUAAAGGCCUGUAAUUAUUUGGGUUCGAAUGCCGACUGUCUAUUCAUGACUACAAAUACAGAUUCAGUACACCGUUAUCCCGGGUGUCGUAUACCGGGCACUGGCGCACUCUUGACUGCUUUGGAGACGAGCGUUGGGCGUGCGGCGCUGCAAUUUGGCAAACCAAAUCCGGAGAUUUGUGUGGAGUUGAUGAAGUCUGGGAAAGUGGUGCCGGGGCGAACGCUCAUGAUUGGAGACGUCUGCAAAGUUGACAUAUUAUUUGGCCACAUUUGCGGCUUCCAAACCUUACUCGUUGGCACUGGCCCUAAUAGUCAGUAUGAGCUGAAUGAGCUACUGCAAAAUCCAAGUGAGAACCAACGUUACAUACCUGAUCUGUAUGUUCCUUCAUUGGGCGAUAUAACAAAAUUAAUUUAAAUAAUAUAAUACCUGCACACAUGCAUAUAUACAUACACAUAUGAUAUACCUAUACUAACAGUGAUUUGUUUUAA